AUGGCGGCCCACACCGGCGGAAACGCCCUAGUGAGCGGGGUUCGGGCCGGGUGCAGGCGCGGCGCGGCGCGGCGCAGCGCAGGCGGGGUGCGGCGGGCCCCGGGGGGCCGCGCCACGGCCGCUGGGGGCGCACCGUCGGUCUCGAAGGACGCGUGGCUCGCGGAGACGAUUCCCACGAUCACCGGGGACGGCGCGCUGAGCAACGGACACUCCGGCGCGCGGGCGGCGGCGUUGGAAGCGCUGCGGAGCCUGCGGGUGCCUACCACGCGCGACGAGGCGUACAGGUUCACGGACGUGUCGCCGAUCGUGCAGCGGCAGAUGAGCGUCCCGCCCGGCGCGGAUGCGGCGGUGCUGGCCGACGCGGUCGCGGCGCGGCCCAUGGAGGCGGCGCGCGGGUCCACGGUCGUCGUCGUUGACGGCGUGGUCGACGCGAACCUCACGGACCUCUCGAGCAUCCCAGAAGGCGUGUACGUGGGUGGCGCGGAGGGCGCGCCGGAGGACGCGCUGGCGCGCGUGGGGGAGUUGUCGAACGAGAUGGGGGGGCCCUUUGCAACCCUCAACACGGCAACGGCGCGGGACGCCGUGUUCCUCGUCGUGCCGGAGGGCGUCGUGCUCGAGCAGCCCGUGCACGUCCUCUACCUCUCCACCACCUCCACUGACGAGGGCACGCCCGCCACCUCGCCGCGCGCACUGGCCGUGCUGGGCGCGGGCGCGUCGGCGGAGCUCGUCGAGGAGUUCGCGACCGUCGGCGACGGCGCGCACCUCACGACGCAGGUCACGGAGGCCCACCUCGCCCCGCGCGCCACGCUUCACCACCGCUACGUCGAGCUCCAGGCCGCGCCGUCCUUCCACCUCAAGCUCACCGCGGUGCACCAGGCGGAGGAGUCGGUGUACGAGCACACCGAGGUGCGCAUCGGCGGGCAGAUCUCGCGGCAGGACCUCCUCAUUCGGCAGCUCGGGGAGGCCACCAACACGAAGAUGCGCCACUUCGUGCUGACGGGCGAGCAGCAGCUGCACGACCUGCACUCGCAGCUCGUGCUCGACUUCCCGCGCGGGGAGGCCGACCAGGUGCACAAGUGCAUCGUGCACGGCGCCACGGGCCGCGGGGUCUUCAACGGCAACGUGCAGGUCAACCGGGGCGCGCAGCAGACGGACGCGGGGCAGCUGACGCGGAACCUCCUCCUCGCGCCCAAGGCGACCGUGAACGCGCUGCCGAACCUGCAGAUCGUAGCGGACGACGUGGCGUGCACGCACGGGUGCGCGAUCAGCGACCUCGAGGACGAGCAGCUGUUCUACUUCCGGGCGCGCGGCAUCGACGAGGACGUCGCGCGGCAGGCGCUCGUGUACUCCUUCGGCCUCGAGGUCGUCGCGGAGAUCCGGCAGGAGGAGCUGCGCAAGCGCUGCGAGGCCGCCGUGCGCGCGUCCCUCGGCGCGCUGGCCGCGGCGGUGCCCGCGGGCGAGGACGGCGCGUAG